CUGCUAUGCUCGAUGUUCUCGAACUAGCUGUUAUUACAAGUAUUUCAAACGCAUGGAGGAAACCGGAAAGCCAACCACCAACUUCAUCAUGGCGGCCUGUAAUGGAACCGAUAAGGUUACCCUAUGGAAAAACGUUGAACCUGAAAUGGUAGUAAAACUCCGACAGAUUCUAAAACAGCGUCCAAUGAACAUAGGAGCAAUUCGACUGAAAUUACGAGCCCAGGGAAUUGGAAUAAAGAAAACAAGAUUGCGGCCUAUCAUCAAGACUCAUUUCCCCGAAUUUGAGGUUGGAACGAACAAUGGAGUGGUGACGAAAACGAAUAGCCAAUUGAAGGCGAUGGUGGGACACAUUCUCAUACAAAAAUCUCCAAUCAGCUUGAGCGAAAUGCGUAAGCAGUUGUGCUCGCAAGGAACUGAAAUAAGGAUCCCGGAUUUAAGAUCGGUCGUUGACACCCAUUUCCCUAAAUACGUAAUUUCACAUGGAGUAGUUAAUCCUACUCGUACUCAGACUUUUCAAGUGUUUGCCAAGCCUCCUGAAACUCGUGAAAUGAGGAUGGUUCAGGCCAUGUUGAAAAGCAAGUGUCCAAUCCACGUGGCUGAAGUCAUAGGCCGAAUGGAAAAGCAAGGUGUGGGAAUUAGUAAAACCAAAUUGAGGAGGGAGUUACGGGCCCAUCUCCCUGAAUUCACGAUUAUCAAAACCUUCAUUGUCCGAACUCAAAUCCGAAGCCAGGUGAUGACUCAGGUCAAAGAGACAGAGAAAGGCAAUGAAAAUCUGAAGAAACUAGAGAGUAUUCUGAAGAAGAGUUGCCCAAUAAAUUUGAGUAAAAUUCGUGAGCAACUAAGAGCAACCGGAAUAUCCAUGAGCAAUCUGAAUUUAAGGUCCACUAUCGAGAAGAACCUGCCCGAUUUUAAAACCACCGACAAUGAUAUCGUGAUGUCAGUCAAAGCAGACAAAAUCAACGCUCUCCAAAAUAUUUUAAAUAAGAGCUGUCCAAUCAAUAUGGGUCAAGUUCGAGCCGAAUUGAAGCGGCAAGGAAUUCAAACGAAUAAUAAAGACCUGAGAGCCACAUUGGCCGGAGAUCUUCCCGAGUUUCAGAUUGGCGAUGGUGGGAUGAUUUUUCGGUUUGAUGACGCUUGUCGCAAAGCCCUCGAAUCCAUUGCGAACAGAGGAUGCGCUCUGGGAGUCCAUGACAUUUUGACCGAGUUGAGUGCCAAGGGAAUAAGGAUGAGUGAAGCCAAUUUAAGAUAUGUAGCCAAGGGUUGUUUCCUCCUUGAUCUGAAUGUUAAAGCUGAUAGUGAAGGCACGGAUUUGUGUGAGAAUGAUACCCUGGCUAGCAACGAAAACCAGAACUUGAGUGAUGUUGAGAAAACUUCAUCCGAAUUGAACAACAAUAAUGAUGAAUCCAUCAAUGAUACCCCUUCCUCCAAUCCAAAAGAUCACCUUCGCCUGAUCCAAAGUAUCUUGGACGAGAAAUGUCCCAUUUCGGUCACUGAAGUCCGAAUGACGUUGAUCUCUUAUUCAAUUGCUCUGAGCAGAGGAAUGAUAACGCACCUAAUUGUAAUGGAAACCAGCGACUACUUCAUUGUUGAAGGUCUUGUCUAUUUGCCCACCUCAAUAUCAUGUGAAGGUGGUUUCAUGGCAAAUGUCGUCUUAGGGGCCCUCCAUCCGAUUUUGGAGAACAAAUGUCCUCAAUCACUUGACAACUUGGUGGCUGCUUUAGCGAUCAAAGGAAUUGAAAUAUCCGAAAAUAAUUUGGAGCGGAUUAUCACGGAAUUCUCGUUCAAAUACAAAUGCCAUGACGGUUUUAUGUGCUCGCUGAAGAAAAUUCCCAAAGAAACCAUGGAUCCCAAAUCGUUAGAAGAAAUCGUCAUGUGUUUAAAGUCCUUGGAUGUCGACAAAAGCAACUCGUUGAAACAUGCCAAUCAAAAGUGCCUUUUUAAGAGGAGAUUCUUGGAAGACGUUUUAGGCAACAAUGAUGUUUACAAUCUUCUUAAAACUCUCAUCGUUACUGAAGACGGGAUUGGCUUUGUUAAUCCCCCAAAACGUCAACUAUCACAAAUCCAAGUCCUAGAAGAGAAUAGCCAAUUAUCACACCUCAAAAAACUGUCACAUCCUGAGCCGAAAAAAAAACCGUCACAUUGGAAAGAACUUAAGGACCUUCUGGAAUCGAAAACCCAAUCUUCCCCAAUCCAAAAGCCACAUCCUAAACCUCAAACCCAAGCAUCGCUUUUCCAAGAUACAAAAAAGCCUUCAUCUUUGACGUCAGCCUUGGAGUCUAAUGAUCCGGAUUAUGACAAGAUUGAAACCACUAAAGAGAACUUUGAGAGUGCUUUUUCACCAUACCUCUUAAAUAUUGACGUUGGCAAAUGCAAUCGUAAACUACUCCGACGGGGUCAAUUUAUGGACGAAGCCCUUGAUACGUCCCAAAACGAGGCGUGCUUCUCAGAAUCGGAGGCUUACACAAAGUGCAUUGAAGGUCUAAGUCGAAUGAAGCUGUCAGAUAAUCCCUCCUCAACUCAAAAUAAUCCGAUUGGAAAUAGGCCGAAUUCUGAACCCCAGCCAAGGAGGCUCGAAGAGUGCUUUAUAUCUUAAGCGGCAUUGGAAUCAGGGAACUCGUGAAAUGCAUCUGAAGAGCUUGGUAAACCCAGAAGCCACAUGAAUAUAAGGAUGUCGGUUUACGUGCACUAAUGGAGAAAAAAAACCACUCAAACUCCUGCACGGGAUCGGAGAUGUAUCUUGAAGCCUGCUGUUAUUAAUAUUGUUAUGAAUAAAACGUGCCAAUGGCCGACAUUUCUGUCCAA